UCGGUCUGAUGUGCGCUUGAGCAGGUCUUUGCAGAAGAAAAUUUCAAUCUCGCGUGUGAUUCAUUCGUCUGAGUCUGAGUACAUCAUCCGUUAGAGCACGUGAACGCGCGAAUUUGAACGAUAUCUACUUGUGUGAGCUCCCGUAUUGAUUCCGGCCUUCUCAACCGAAUGAUGUCUGUUCAGAGUUAUUAGAGGAAGGAAAAUUGGCGGAAUUAACUUUCUGAUUUAUUCUGCUUGCACUGGCUCGGGAAGAGUUUUCACUCUUUUCGGGAGAUUCCUCGUUUUCUCUGUUUUCGACCGCGGUCUGGACGUGUGAUAUAUGCAGUUAACUUUUGCCGUGCAGAACUGAAAAGCUCGCCCGGUUGUUGCUGGUGCCGUUGGAUUCUUUCUUGUUUCGUGUGUUCAGUUGAUUUGCUUAAAAUUAUUACGAUCCGCGCGGGAAACCGAUCCUCUCGGAAGGAGGAAACAUAGCCGAAGAACGCAACCGUUUAGCGUGUGAUCUCGUUUGCUAAAAAGAAGAUUACAGAUAAAUGCUUCUGCUAGAGGAAAAGUGUGAAGCGGUUAAUUGAUACGAGCGGCGGAAGGAAGAUCUAGGUGAUUUUUAAACUAUCGAGAGCCAUUUUCUUGAAGCAGACAGGCAGGAGAAUUGAAUUUAAGGCAAGUGUUGUGGAAGGAAAAAUCAUAACAAUCGACCAACAAACGCUAGACGCCCUAUAAUUGGUAAUCUGGCUAUAACCAGCUCGUGGGCUGCUCGUUCAAGUCCGUUAGGCUCAACCCAACGCAAUAACGCGUGUGGAGUUUUCGAAGAAUUAGGAUUGAAAGUGUGUGCUAAUUAGAUUAACGUUACAGUUUGCAAUUCCUGUGGCCAUAUUUUCGCUUUCCAUUGUACCUCAGGAGGAUCCCCGGGGGUAGAAGAGAAAAGAAAACGAGCGAAAGUGAGAUUGUUCCUGCGGGACAAGUUAGGUUCGAAACAGGAAAGAUUGUGUGAGAGUGUGCGGACGGUCGUUAGUGGUUUGUUCCAGUUUACCGCUGUGGUCGGACGUACAGGUGCUUUUCAAAAACGAGGCUCUACGAACAACCAGGAAGGAUGAAGCUGAAAGUGGAACUUCUUGUUUUGAUGGUGAUGAUAGCAGGCAGUCACGCCGCUAGCAGUGCUCAGCUGGGUGCCCCUUGUCAGCAUGAUAUGGACUGUUCGGACAGCAUGCGCGGCAGCUACUGCACCCUGGAAGGUUUUUGCGAGUGUUCUCCGUUCUACGUGCGACUAAACGAUACCAAGUGUUUACCAUCCCAGCUGCUCGAAAGCGAAUGCAUCCUGUCGGAUCAGUGUGCCAUGCGUGUGGCUAACAGUAUUUGCGAGGAGGGUCACUGUCACUGCGAGGCUGGAUUUCUGCAGUUUCGAAAGCACACCUGCUUGUCACCCGCCCGGCCUGGAACGGUAUGCUACAGUCACGCGCACUGUCGCAUGUGGGCCGAAGACAGCCAUUGCGACUUUCUAAUUCCAAAUUUAUUUGGCCGGUGCCAGUGUACUUCCCCGGCUCGCCAGGCGGGACCAUCCUGCGUGGUGGAAUCACCGGUCGCCGUUGCAGUGGAGGGUGAGGAAAAGCAGCAGACGGAAGACCAGCUGCCCAUCAUUGCCAAACCACAGCAGCAGAAACCGGAUGAGCAGCGUAUUUCAACUACCACCGAGGACGAUUCAGUCGUAGUUGAUAAUUUCAUGACAAAUGUGCAGAAUUCCGACCAGGAGCAGCAGAUGGGACAAGCCGAGGAGAAUGUCCAUGUGGAACAACAGGGAACGCAAGGCGAGGAGAGUUCGACGGCCAGUGGUAGCUAUGAUGAAUAUGCCACCAGUGAGGAAAAUGAAUCAAACGAUGAUUCCAAGAGCACUUCUUUCAUGCACCAAUACGAGAAUACGGAAAGGUACACGGCCGUGGAACAGGAGGCGGAAAGUAAUUUCCAUAACCACGUUGAACACGACACAGUUGAAACCACCCCUUUUCACGAAUCUACUGAUUACGACCAAUAUUCUUCGGAGGCCUCGACUACAGGGCUCAAUGACGAAAGUUACGAAUACGAAAGCGCAAGCCACGAUGGCGAAGAAUCAGAUGGCUACUAUCACACGCAGCAGAACAAUCACCACCCACAAGAGGUAGAACUUCUCGAGAAGCACAAUCACAUCUCCGGAGAAGAUCAUUCCAAUCUGAUUGAAGGUGAAGACGAUUCCACACCCAAAACAAGCCAUGAAUCGUAUGAGUUAACCAAUGAUAGCUCGGAAGGAUAUUCUACAACAACUGAGUUUCUGAAUGACAAUAACCGCCGACAGGAAGUUACAAACGUGGUUGAAACGACGGAAAUAAACGAAACGACUCCUGAAUCCCAAACCGAGAAACAAGUCAAAGAAAACGAAAUUGAUGGAACUAUACCGGAGCAUACAACUCCGACCAUGGUCCGAUUGGCUAGCAGAACGACAGCGAUGGAACCGGAAGCCCCUAUCUCAACAACCGUUGCCACGCUUCUAGCCGAAUCAGAACCAGUAACGACAACGACAGAGCGAAUGACUAGUACUACACCAGAAGCUACUACGACCACCACAACAACAGCUUCGCCCCCUUCAAACAUAGAUGGCAGCAUCAGAGUAAAGCACCAUGGCAUUCGGACACGUGUUGAUCUUGGCGAUGGGCCAGUCUCGUUGGGUUUGGCGUGCAUAAACAACCGUCAGUGUCAGAUGGCCGAUCCCUACACUUACUGCAACGAGCUGGGCCGGUGUGAAUGUUCUCAUUCGCAGCAACAAUAUUUGACCACGGAGCUGGCGACGGAGAAUACAUGCAAUGCUGCCAAUACCGGCUGCUCACGAGGAACGUUUCAGUGCCGCUCGAGUGGAAUCUGCAUCAGUUGGUUCUUCGUGUGUGACGGUCGUCCGGAUUGCAGCGAUGCCUCGGACGAGGAGUGCAACUUUUCGCUGAAAUCCAACAUCACCAACUGUCCGGCCCUGUCAUUCCGCUGCGAGAAGAGUGGCCGCUGCAUCUCGCGGGCAGGCAUCUGCGACGGAAAGAUCCAAUGUCCCCAGGGUGAGGACGAGGUAGGUUGUGAUUUCCGCAAGUCCCGCAAGUGUCCGGAGCAUACGUUCAUGUGCCGAAGCGGAGAGUGCCUUCCGGAGUACGAGUACUGCAAUGCGAUCGUGUCGUGCCGCGACGGGAGCGAUGAACCUCCACAUCUGUGCGGAUCACGAUCGGUACCGAAUUUCUUUGUCAAAUUGCUGUCUGGGCCAAACAGUCGCAGCAGAAACUACUGCCCGUUGCGUUGCGGUAACGGAAAUUGCCGCUCAACGGCUAUUGUUUGUUCCGGCCGAGACGGUUGCGGCGACGGAAGUGACGAGGAGAGCUGCUCGGUUUGUCGCUGUCCAGCACCGUCCGUGUACGAGGAAACUGCGUCACCUGUCCUGACAGCGGCGGCUUCGACUUACACCAGCAGCAGGUCCAGGCAGCGAGGUCGAACUGGUCGCAUUACCAGUAAUUGGCACCUACAUCAGCCACAGCCACAACAAUAGGACAAUCGUCGCUACUUUUUACCGAUAUGAAAUGUCUUUCCAUUUCUCGCACUCCGCCGAUAAAUUGCAACUCAGUAGCAACCGAGUUCAAUUUGCUUCAAAAAAGCAAUGCAAAUUUCUCCAACCCAUGCUGAGAGUAGUGUGCAAA